UGCAUGGAAGACGAAGCUAAUAAAGAUCUGGAUGACAUGGCCGAUUUAUCCAAGAGAGGUUAUAAGUUUAAAAUUAGAGAUUGGCGAAACAUGUCAGUAGACCUAUACGGUGCUAAUGAAGAAAUAAGAAGAGCAUCUUUACUGUUUGGGAAUGGAGGGAUGAGUCAAGCUUCUACUUCGUAUCAGGAGGAGUCUUUGGAAUCAAAGAUCAACAGAAUCAGCGAGAUGGUGGGAGAUAAUUUAAGGAUCAUGAACGAUCGUUUGUGUUUGAUUGAAAAAGACAGGAAACAGAUUAAAGAACGUGUGACAAAACUAGAGAAACUACAAAGAGUUACUUCAUAUGGAACUCCAAACAAUGAGACUGACACAACUCCAUUUCAUGAGACGGCUUCCAGACAAGGUGAAGCCAAUGCAGAUCAAGCAGAUGAACAACUUAACAAUGAGGAUACACGAGAGCCUAUGAAUGAGAUCACGAAAGAGACACCUGGUUCUCCAAUAGCUCAACAGAAUAUUGAGACUCCAGUCCUUACUCCAAUUCAGACGCAGCAGGAGACUCACGAGCUUAUGAAUGAGAUCAUUUCACCAAACAUUUCCGACACACAGCCAAAUACCCGAGCUCGCAGAAAUCUUUUAACAGAGCAAAAUAAGGUAUUACUUUCAUUAAAACCUUUAAUAAAUAUACAGCAACUAUCAAAAUGACUGGAUAUCCUUGAAUCUAAACCAUCACAGGAUGUAGAAAGCAGAGUUCAAAAUCCCUUUGAGAUCGGAGCAAAUGUGGAGAUUUCAUCACAAGAUGACAAUACUUGUCAUAAAUGGUAUCCAGGAAAUGUGUUGGCAACAUAUUUGGUUGAUGGGGUUGAGAUGGUGAAAGUUGAGUACU